AUGUCUUUUGUCCUUCUAAUUGGUUAUGCGGCGAUAUUCUUCUUGUUAUACAAGACGUUCCUGAUAGUUUGGAGCUUGACCUAUCCGUUUUGGAUCGGGAGACGGAGAGAUUUGAAGGAAUUGGCCGGCGCUAAUUGGGCUGGUAAGUUGCUGUGCGUUGAAGGCAAAGCGUUCGGGAAAAAAUCCUUAAUUUUCAAGACGAUGGUGAAGGAAGGUGCUCGACAUUCGCCAUUUUGAUAUCGGGGAAAAUCUGUUGUUUUAAAAUUUCAAUCGUAAAAGAUGCAGGUUUAUAAUCACACGCCGGACAUCCAGCUCGUGCGUGGUACUGACCUUAGACUCAAUUAAAAAUAGUUUACUUGUUGUUUUAUUGCAGUGAUAACCGGCGCCACAGAUGGUAUUGGCCGUGCAAUGGCCUUCGAAUUGGCUGGCCAAGGGUUUGACUUGAUUUUGAUUUCGUUGAGAAAGGAGCGGCUCGGUGAAACCGCUUCGGAAAUCAAUGAGAACUAUCCAGGCAUAAGAAUUAUUACAAUCCAGUAUGACUUUACUGUUGCUGACCCAAAAUUAUAUGAAACGGAGAUCUUCGCGAAAUUGGAUGGUCAUGAAAUUGGAAUCCUGGGUGAGGAAUUAUCAGUCUGUCGCGAAAAUAAUGAGCACUUUGUCGCAUCGAGAAUCGCAUAGCCGCCGAGAAAGCGAAUUUUGUCGCGGCAAAAACAAAUUUCUUUUCACUUCAGCGACGCAAUCGGCUUACAAGGGAAGUACCCGAAGUGCGACGCUCAGAUUUUUAUAAAAAUUGGCAUAGAUGGAGAUUAGAAUUUUCUUAUUCGAUUGCGAACAUCCUAGCUCGCGCUUUGCAGAAUCCGCCGAGAAAGAAGGGCCGGAACAUCGAAAAAAAUCUUCAAAUGCCGGCGAUUUUCCCUGCAAAUUCUCUUGAUCUUGGCAUUCCGUUCCAGGAGAAAAAUGUUUUUUCUCGCAAGAAAUUUUUUCUUGAUAAUGUUCAAGACUCACGGCGGUUUCAAAGCAACCCUUCGAAUGGGCGAAAAAAACUUUUCGAAAAGAAAGAAAUGAAACGCGUGCAAAUUGCGGGACCAAGUUAUACGAUAGAAGUUUUUCGAGUUACACUGCAAAACAAAGAAAAGCAAUUUAUUUGCGUGUAACACGGUAUAUAAACGGGCCUAACUCGGUGAACUAUUCAUAAUUAUAUCGAAUUAAAUAAAAAUAUGAGGUAUGGGUUCAACCGUGAUGAUCAUAAUCUUCGGAUUCCAUAAUUACGUUCGCGAUGUUUCACCGCUUAUAAAAAGCACGUCGACGUUCCUUUGCUACUAGACUAAAAAAGAUCAACGAACACACUGAGCCAAGAGAGUCCGUAAUAAGAUUGCCCUGGAAGUUACACUUCAUCUUCAUUAUUAAGGAGAGCUUUACAGCUACCUGACGCGUGCAAACAUUUUGCCUGUGUGAAUUCCGUUUAUGGGAAAGUUUUUUCACGGCGCUGAUUCCAAAAAUGAAAAAAAAUCCACGAAAAUUAUUGAAAAAAAUCGAGAAAAUCGAGAUUUUUUGAUUGAGCAUUGGCGUUACGGUAUGUUACAGUAACCUGACAAACUUCGGGUCAAUUACAAAGUUGUUCAGCAUGGCCAAUAACGUAUAUAUACUCAGUUCUGAGAUAUUUCGGCAAUAAAUCAGUACAAUAUAUCACAUUAUGCGAAAUUCAAUAAAUACGUCAUAUCUCGGUCAUGAUGACGAAUUUUUCGAAAAAAAUUCACCAAGUUCUUUAGCAUCCUACAUGUCAUCAGUAAAGACAAAAAAAAGUGGGGGUCAAUUUCUAGGGCAGACCCCCCUUCCACAGCUCGCGAAGUGCGUUUUAAGUGGAAGAAGCAAGGGUCAAAUUAGGAGAUUUACUUUUUAAAAAUCAAAAUUUGGUCGUUUCUGGCCAAAGUUAUGGUUCCCAGAAAGGGUUCAGUAAACACUAUAGCAAUAAAAGUCCGGUUUUUGGAGUUGGAAAUCGGAGUUUUUGGAACAGAAAACGGCUCAUAACUUUUGAGGGAUUGUAUGUACAGCUCUGAAAUUUUCUACAGUCGUUUGGCAUGUGGUACGACAUGUUUGUGCAAAAUUUCAGGGCUCUAUGUCAGCAAUGUCAUAUUUUACAAAUUUUUGUCAUAAAUUUCAAAAAAUCGUAUUUUUUGAUUUUGCAUCUCAAAUGUUGUCUGGAAAUUUCUGAAUCAGAAUAUGUAUAAUUUAUGCCACAAAGUUUCAGGUUUUACAGAUUUUAUUUGGAUUUUUUGAUGCCAGCCGGAUAUUGUUUUAGGUAAUUUCUGAAGGUUCAGAUGGAGCUGAGACACAAAUAUGGUCUCAAAACGUUGAAAAAAUUCUUCGGAUUCAGAUGAUAUAUGGAUUGAUCCAUUUCUCUAGCUUUUAAUUCAUUUAAAAUAAUUUUCUUUGUUUUUUAGUUAUUUUGAUGUCGGCAGAAAUGUAAAAAGUGAUUUAUUGCACGAAGACCUACUGUCUAAACUUUCUAAGGUCUCAAUCAGGGCAUGAAAAGUAUAAAAAUACCACCAUAAAGCAAAGAAAACAAGAAAACUCUAUGUAUCACAUUGAAAUUAUAUUAUCCAUGACGUCUGAUAAAAAAUUUCUUCCAUUGAUUAGCUAUAAAACCCUGCACAUCGAAAAAAUUCAAAAACUAAGUACUACACGGUACUACGUAAGAAAGAACUAGCGAUGAAAUAAAAAUGGAUAUGAUUUUCGAAAUCAGCACUAUCGAUUACCCCUAUGUAAGAUAUCUACUCAAAAUUUCUGAAAUUUACUUAUUACGUCAUUUCCACUACGAAUUUUCAAAACUAGCCUGAGGUUUGACUACAACCCUAAAUACAGGGCCUACUUUAUAUAUUUAUAAAAACGUCCGCGAAUUGGGCGUCCGCGAACAGGGUGUCCGCGAACUGGGAAUGUCCGCGAAUAGGGUGUCCGCGAGUUGGGAAUGUCCGCGAACUGGGUGUCCGCGAAUAGAGAUGUCCGCGAAUAGGGUAUCACUCUUUUGAUCAAAAUAAUCACCAUGUGUUAUACCACGCUAUUGUAACGCGUUGAAAGCAUUUUUUUGCCAGUGGCUUUGAAAGCCCGGCUUCUGGAGCCGAUGAAACUUUUGGAGGCCCAUUCAACAGGGUCUUGAUUGAUAAAUUCCCUACCACGGAUGAAACCCAUUAGACUCUUGGAAAGGUAGCAAUCUGUUUGAGACAUGCCUAGCGAAUACUCCGGACGAAGGAGAGUCCCGUAUCUGCAUUAACUCAACUUCUGGAGCGUCGUCUUUACAACGUGGGGUUGCGCAUCGUCGCCUAGAACUUUUGGAAUUCCGCGGCGUGUUUUUAAAGGCAUAUUCUGCCAUACGCUGUCUAUCUGAAUACAGCAGUACCCAGCAUUUACAUUUUGGCCAACUUUUAACGAGCUGUAUGGUGAGAUACCCAUGCUGCACCAUCCAGCAGUGCCCAUCACCUUGUUUAUGGGGGGUCGCUUUGCCAAGUUCCGUGUUGGUACCCUCAGGGGACUCCACUGGGCACAUCUGGUUGUCGUACAGGAUCUGCUCUUCAUCACGGGUCACGAUCCGAUCUAGAAAACCCGGCUCUUCGGAUUGUAAAAGCAACAAACGUGACACCUCGAUUCUGUGGUUCGGUCCAUUAAUAUGGGAAAAAGCUGUCGAGCAUUUUGUUGAAUUCCAUCGACAUCCAACGGUUAGCCGCCGAUUAUUUCAACACCCAGACGAUGUCAGAGACGCGUUGGAUGUUGAUUCUAGGAUAUCUGACAACUGAUGGCCCCAGGGUAAAUUCAUAAAGUUCAGGUGCCGGACUUUAUCUUUGAGUCCCUCACCGUCACAUCGAAAUUUUUUGAAACAUCGUUUCACCGUAUUCAGACUCACAUCAGACUCGCCGAACACGCCGUUGAUAUUUUGUGUAACUCCUGUAACUUUCAUACCCUGUUUUUGCAGGUAUAACACGGCGACACGAAUCGACUUUUUUCCCAUAAUUUUGGAUUAGGGCUAAAUUACUUUAAUUUGAUCCAAAUAUGGCAAAUAAUAUAUCGAACGAAAGCUUGUGUUCUCGACUACAAAACAAUGCGAUAUUGCGAAAUUUUAUAAUCGUUUACCUUUUUUAUAGACUGUGGAAACUGCCGCUCUCGAAAACGACAUUAUUUGUGGGACAACCUAAUAUAUUCGGCCGCCAAGCAAUACUCAAACUGGCUAUCGGAGAUUUUGCGAAAAGAAUAUGGCGCAUAUGGAAUUACGGUCCAAACUCUUACUCCAUCUUGGGUGCAAACGAAGCUAUCGCAUAAUUUCACCAGCAAAAAGCAAAAAGAAACCGCAUCUGUUCCAACUGUAAGGUGUUCGUUUCCGAGACGGUGUAGCAAAUUUUUAGCCCGAAAAAUAUGUUCAAAGCGCGAUUAAGACCAUUGGACUGGUUCCUCAAACAACUGGCUAUUUCCAUCAUCAAAUCGAAAAUCAGUUCCUGCUGGGCUUGACGCCCUCUUUUAUAAGGGACAAGAAGCUGGAAAAGUUUGCCACAGCCGCUAGGAAAAGAGCAAUGCGGAAGGAUGAAUGA